AUGACUGAGAACGACAACAGCAAGUGUCGGCUCUGCGAGAAGAUCGAGACCAAAUUUCGCCGUCGAAGCGCUGAGCUUGACCGGCUGGAACGGUGGAAACGCGAGGGGGCCACGCUGAUAGCCUCGAUGGAUCGAUCUCUGAAGCUUAUCAAAGAUCUGGAUUCCGAGAUCCGCUCAUUGCAGAGGGAGCGCGAGGAUCGGAGGAGCACUCUCACGAGAUAG